AUGUCGGGUGAGGAAAUGACAUACUUAAGUUCUGAUAGCAUAUGUGAAUGUGAAGAUACUAAUGCAAUUGAUGCCGCUUUGUUCUCACCAGAAGUCAUCAAUGGACUUAGAUUGACCGGAUUACCCAAUCAUAAGUUGGUGCUCAAAGUUGGAGCCCCAGUAAUGUUAUUGCGGAACCUAGAUAAACAAAAUGGCUUGUGUAAUGGCACACGUUUACAAGUCGUCAGAUUGGGAAAACAUGUCAUUGAAGCCAAAAUCAUAACAGGAACAAACAUUGGCACUCACACUUUAAUCUCAAGAUUAAAGAUGACACCCUCUGAUAAAAGGAUUCCAGUUAAGAUUUCUCGAAAACAAUUUCCUAUUUCAGUUUGCUUUGCUAUGACAAUAAACAAGAGCCAAGGACAAUCACUCGAUCAUGUUGGUUUGUAUCUUCCAAGACCAGUUUUUAGUCAUGGGCAAUUGUAUGUUGCGGUCUCGAGAGUGAAAAGCAAAAAAGGAUUGAAAAUUCUAAUACAAGAUGAAGACUUCAAAGUGAAGAACACAACCACAAAUGUUGUCUAUAAAGAAGUGCUUCAAUGUUUGUGA